CGUCGCUCUCGCCUCCGGCCGCUUAGCUUGCAUCCACGUAAACUGCCACGGAGUACAAAGCCGACCCGCCCCACGGGCCUCCUCGGUCGUCUUUAAAUACGCGCUCGGACGUGGGGAAGCACAACACGCUGCUGCUGCCCCGCUCGCUCCCCGGCCGUCGACCGCCUCCCCGCCCGCCGCCGCCGGCCUCGGGGACGUGGAUGUGUACCACCGCGAGGGCGCGCUGCGAGCUGUGCGGCGCGGGAGCGGACGUGCGCUGCGAGGCCGACGCGGCGUUCCUCUGCGCGGCGUGCGACGCGGAGGUGCACGGCGCCAACUUCCUCGCGUUCCGCCACCGCCGCACGCGCGUCUCGCCGCCCGGCCCCGCGGACGCCCUGUCCCGGACGUCCACGGCCGAGUCUGCGGCGCCGCCGGCCAAGGGCCAGAAGCCACUUGCGCGGGGCGACGCGGUGCUCGAGGGCUGGGCCAGGCGGAUGGGCCUCGAGGCGGUGGCGGCGCGUCGGCAUGCCGCGGCGGCCGGCCGCGCGCUCCGGGCCCAGGUCGCCGCGGGGCCGCCACGCGUGCCGCUGCGCGUCGCGAUGGCGGCCGUGCUGUGGUGGGAGGUGGCAGCUCACGGUGGCGUCGACGAGCCCGGCGUCGCGCUCCGGCGCCUGGAGGCCUGCGCGCACGUGCCGGCGAGGCUGCUCAUGGCGGUGGAGUCGUGCAUGGUGCGCGGCCGCGGCAAGAAGCGGACGGCCGCGGAGGGCUGGGGCGAGUGCUCACCACCCCACACAAGAGACAAGACAAGACACCAUCUUCUCCAAGACAUGGCAUGACUCGUUCGCUUAGGCAUAUUUUUUCUGUAAAUAUAAGUUAAGUGUAAAGGUUGAUCAAAUCUUAAGGUCACGCCUGUCGUUGGACUUUUCGGAAAAAGAAACAUCCUAAGGU